AACAACAAUCAACUUAUUACCGAUUUCUGAUAUAGUUUAGCUUUUAUCAAUGCGUAACUUCUUUCCUCUCAGAGGUAUAUGUCCUUUUAUAGGUGCAAUAGUUUUUUUAAACGUCAAAUGUGGUGUGGUUAAUGUGAGCUGUGGUAAAUAAAGGUGGACAUGUUUAAGAAUGUUGAUGGCCACAAGAGGACCGACUUCCUUGAGCAAACAAAGGCCCAGAGAGAGGAGCGGGCACUGGAAAAACUUAGGGAGAAGUCUGCACUAAUAAUACAGAAGGUUUUCAGGGGACACAGGUCAAGAAAUUCAACUCGUAUUGCAAUCAGAACUGAGAUUGAGCAGCUGUUAAGGAAGCCUACUACUGAGGAUGGAGACUACAUUCCCAACUUCAAACCAGCUUUGGAAGUGUACCAACUGCUCAGAAGGUUUCUGUUUACAUUCUCAGACACAAGUGAUGCCAAGAGCUUUGAGAUGGUGUGUCGAUAUUUGCUGCAUAGCAUGGAUACAGAUAAUUUAAAGGUGUGUUAUGUCUCAGUGUCCCUGCUGAAAGACUUUGUGUUGCCAUGGAUACAACAAGCAAAGGACAUUCUCUGGAAAUGUGUCCAGUAUCUCAAACAGCUAAGGCCAGAGAAUCAUUCUGAGGUUCGAGUGAUAAUGGUUUACCUGCGGAUGCUGAUCACCUUUACCAGUACUGGAACCUGGCGAAUAUUGAAAGGCAAAGGUGAGGGCCUGGCUGAUGGCCUGGGCAAGUUGUGUAACAACAUCAUGGGCCACCUUAACAACAAAGGACUCUACCCAGCUUUACAGAUUCUCCUGAUGCGAGGACUCAGUAGGAGUAAACCGGCUUUCACCAAAACAUCUUUAACAGCGAUUGUUACAAUAUCCUUGAGGCCCCUGAUGGCAGCCAACUUUUCAGACAACCUGCUCACUUUGUUUGUAUUGAACAUCUUCUCUGUGCCAGCUUUAGUGCAUCAUGUGUCAGUACUAGCCCCAGAUUGCCUGACCCUGUUGAUCACAAACCGGAUCUUCAAGAGGUCUCUGGACCUCCUCUCUAACGAGCAGAGUACCAGGAUCAUCUUCAAUUCCCUCGAGGGCAACUAUGCAUUGUGCUUGCUGGCAAACAUGAUACAGCUGGGAUAUUCAGAGCUGGAAGGACUUGUAGAGAACACAGCUAACUUCAUGAGUGUAACGAUGCGUUUGCUGGACAAAUGCAAGAACUAUGUGCAGAACAAGAAGUCCAACUUGACCCACUGGCACCCAGUGCUUGGCUGGUUCUCACAAAACACAGAUCAAGGCUUGCAUGAGGCCCUACCAUAUGUGGUGAAGCAGCUCCAGAUCCUCUGGUGCAGUAAGAUGGUGCGGCUGCUCUUCCAGGAGUUGAUAGACUACGUGGACCACGCCCGCAGUCAGGACACUCAGAGGGCCGCAGCCAGGGACAAAGGAAUCCUGAAGAAAGCUCUGGACAAAGCCUCCUCAAAAAAUGCCCCAACCAAGAUCAAACUAGAGUCUGCCAUAUCUCACUCAACAUGCCUACCUUGUGCCCUCUACCAGUGUGCCAUUGGCACCCUGUCACAGCUACGGCUAGACAUUGUCAGCGGUCUGAGCUACAACGAGAUAGUGCUGCCCAGCCUUUGGCGGUUCCUGUGUGACCUGGGACCCAGCUGUGGUCUCAAGGUCUUCCUGGACCUGCUGAGUGCUGCGCCUGGUAGCACCAUACACCCAGUCUUCUCUCUCCUCAUUCUCUUCUGUGAGACAGCAUCCACGUACAUCUGCACCCUAGACCAGAUGGAGAUGUUUGAGCAGCAGAAGGUAUUCAAGGUGGCAGACUACAUCAAGAUGGGGGAGUUUCUCAACAUGUUCACAUUCAGAGUCAUCUGGCAAGCCCUCCUGCCUGUACAGGAGGCAGGCAGCAAUGAGUUGUUCACAGCGACCCGUGGGCUGCUCAUGAUUCUCUAUGAGAUGGACUCCAGGCGACCGUACACUCCACCUGAUCACUGGCUUAUCAAAGAAGUGAAGGCGAGUAGUUUCUUGGUUGACCUGGAUAAAGGCAAGAAGACUGCCAUGUUCAUUCUACUCAAGAUGCCUCACAUCAUUCCUUUUGGAGAGCGUGUGAAGGUGUUCCGUAAGACGGUGUACAAUGAGAGGGUAUCGCUGGGUCUGUGUGACUCCCAGAGCACCACUCCACAGUCCACGCUGAUCACUGUACACAGGAGCAGGAUUGUAGAGGAUGGAUACAGGCAGCUGGCCCAGCAGCCAGUGCGUGCAAUCAAGGGCCUGAUACGUGUACGGUUUGUCAAUGAGCAGGGACUAGACGAGGCCGGUAUAGACCAGGAUGGCGUCUUCAAAGAGUUCCUGGAGGAGACCAUUACAAAGGUGUUUGAUCCGUCCCUCAAUCUCUUCAAGGUAACCAGUGAGCAGAAGCUGUUCCCCUCGUCCACAUCGUAUAUCCAGGAGAACUAUCUGCACUUGUUUGAGUUUGUAGGCAAGAUGUUGGGAAAGGCAAUAUAUGAGGGUAUAAUAGUUGAGGUGCCGUUUGCGCCGUUUUUUCUCACCCAGAUACUGGGCUACGGCUCCAGCUCUACCUACAGCUCCGUGGAUGAGCUGCCCUCAUUAGAUCCUGACCUUGCCAAAAACCUCUCGUAUACCAAGCAUUAUGAAGGUGAUGUGGGUGACCUUGACCUGACCUUCUGCUAUGAUGAGGACAUCAUGGGGCGCCUGGAGACGCAUGAGCUUGUACCAGGGGGAAAGGCUAUACCCGUCAAUAACGACAACAAGAUCCGCUAUGUGCACCUGAUGGCCCAUUUCCGGAUGUAUCGGCAAAUCCGUGAGCAGAUGCUGGCUUUUAAGCGCGGCCUCAACUCAAUUGUGAACCCUGACUGGCUGUCGGUGUUCUCAGCUCCUGAGUUACAGAAACUCAUCUCUGGGGACACUGCUGACAUUGAUAUUAGUGAUCUCAGAAAGCACACACAGUACUAUGGUGGUUACCAUAACAACCACAAGGUGGUAAACUGGCUCUUUGAGAUUCUGGAGAAGGAUUUCACACCCACAGACAGGGCCGCAUUUCUAAAGUUUGUCACCAGCUGUUCCAAACCUCCACUUCUGGGCUUUGCCCACUUGGAGCCGCCAUUUUCUAUCCGAUGUGUGGAAGUCAGUGAUGACCAGGAUACGGGUGACACAGUAGGGUCGGUUCUCAAAGGUUUCUUCAACAUCGGACGCAGGGAACCAGUUGGAAGACUGCCCACUUCCUCCACGUGUUUCAACCUUCUCAAGCUGCCCAAUUACCAGAAGAAAUCCACCAUGAGGGACAAACUGAAAUAUGCCAUACACUCAAACACAGGCUUUGAGCUAUCGUGAACUGUGGCAUUUGAAGUGAUACUACAGUGUGUACUUAACAGGUGGAAAGGGAUAAUAGCAAAUAUUAUGAUGUAAUGCUGUACUCAGAAAACUUAUUCUAAUUUUGCACUGUACAAGUCUUGGACAUUUUUUUUUCAUUCUCCUUUAUUAGCAUAAAUUCACAUGGAAUUAUCUUUUACAUCUAUGCUCAGUUUUUGUUUUUAGUAUUUCCAAAAGUAACACAAGUUGUUUAUAAGCAUUUUAAUCUUGAAUGUAUGUUUAGUCAAAUGUAUUAAAAAUGAGCAUAUUGGAAAUUAAUUUAAUAGCCAUGUAAGUUUCAAUAUAAUUUUACUGCAAAAGCAGUGGCCCUGAACAUUGAGAUCUGCUUGCCUUUCAUUAAAAAUGUAAAGUCUUAUUUUCUAUGAAAUUGUGUCAUGCAGUGCUUUCUUAAUAUUCAGAUCUCCAAGUAAAAGCUUUCAAAAACUCGUAUUAAUAUAAAAUUAUUUCUGGUGUUACUGCAUAAUUAUCUUGUGUUGAUUGUCUAAAAAUACUCGGUUACUCAAUGUGUGCUUAACAUGUACUGUAUUUAAAUGUUUGUAGUGAUAUUUUGUCAUGUGUCUUGCAUGUACCGGUUCCUUUAAAGCACCACAUAAUUUGCCAAUAACUGUGGACACUCUGUUGUCAAUGUGCAUGAGAAACAUACAUUUACAUGGAUUGAUUCUUGAUCCAUACAUAGGUCUUUGCUGAACCUAUUGUGGAGUGACUAAUUGGAUCGUUUCAUGUUGUCAGAUCAUAUUUGUUUAUUUAACCGGAUCCCAUUUAUUAAAUACCAAAAUAAAUAUUUUAGAUCUGAUAUAACACAAUAUUUUUAUGCCCCCCUUCGAAAAAGAGGGGUAUAUUGUUUUGCACAUGUCGGUCGGUCCAUCGGUUGGUCGGUCCGUCCACCAGAUGGUUUCCGGAUGAUAACUCAAGAACGCUUAGGCCUAGGAUCAUGAAACUUCAUAGGUACAUUGAUCAUGACUGGCAGAUGACCCCUAUUGAUUUUCAUGUCACUAGGUCAAAGGUCAAGGUCACAGUGACUCAAAAUACUAAAAUGGUUCCGGGUGAUAACUCAAGAAUGCUUACGCCUAGGAUCAUGAAACUUCAUAGGUAUAUUGAUCAUGACUGGCAGAUGACCCCUAUUGAUUUUCAGGUCACUUGGUCAAAGGUCAAGAUCAAAGUGACUCGAAACAGUAAAAUGGUUUCCGGAUGAUAACUUAAGAAUGAGUAUGCCUAGGAUCAUGAAACUUCAUAGGUACAUUGAUCAUGACUGGCAGAUGACCCCUAUUGAUUUUCAGGUCACUAGGGUAAAGGUCAAGGUCACAGUGACUCGAAAUAGUAAAAUGGUUUCCGGAUGAUAACUCAAGAAUGCUUACGCCUAGGAUCAUGAAACUUCAUAGGUACAUUGAUCAUGACAGGCAGAUGACCUUUAUUGAUUUUCAGGUCACUAGGUCAAAGGUCACAGUGACUCGAAACAGUUAAAUGAAUUCCGGAUGAUAACUCAAGAAUGCUUACACCUAGGAUCAUGAAACUUCAUAGGUACAUUGAUCAUGACUGGCAGAUGACCCCUAUUAAUUUUCAGGUUACUAGGUCAAAGGUCAAGGUCACAGUGACUCGAAACAGUAAAAUGGUUUCCUGAUGAUAACUCAAGAAUUAUUAGGCCUAGGAUCAUGAAACUUCAUAGGUACAUUGAUCAUGACUGGCAGAUGACCCCUAUUGAUUUUCAGGUCACUAGGACAAAGGUCAAGGUCACAGUGACAAAAAAACGUAUUCACACAAUGGCUGCCACUACAACUGAAAGCCUAUAUGGGGGGCAUGCAUGUUUUACAAACAGCCCUUGUUCAGUUUUAUUUAAUGAUAAAAUUCUUUUCAAGUGUUAUAAUAAAUUUUAUCUUUAAAUUAUUAUUUGCUUACUAUUGUUUGCAAUUGCAACAUGAAAAUGCCAUAUCUAAACCUUUUGGAGCAAAUAUAUAUUUGUGAAAUGGGGUUUGGUUAAAUAUUGAUUCAAUGUCUGGCCAACAUCAUAAUGAAAUUACUUGUACCUUUCCAAAGUGGUAAUUUAAGUACAUUGUAUUAUGUUGAUGCAUGAAAUGCCUUUUUUAACAUGUACAAUUAGAUAAAUUAUAGUUAUAUAUGUUAUUAUUUUAUUAUUUAUUAUGAAACCUUUCGUAUGUACAUAACUACAUGUGAAUGAAUUUAAUCCUGUUAUUUAAACUUUCUGUAUGUGGAAUUGUAUUAAAUUAACUCUUUAUUUCCACGUUGAUUCAAUAUAUAUAUAUACAUGUAUCUUGUUAUUUCGUAUUUUAUAAAGUCAUUUUUGUUUUGUUUUAAAGCUAUGCCUGUGAGAAGAAUGAAAUAAAAUCGCAAAAGCA